UAACCUGUACAUUGACAAAAAUUUCACCGAUAGCAAUAUCUCCUUGAGCACCACUAUAAAAGAAGACCCCAUGCACACUCAAGAGAGCACCACUACACGUACGUACUGAAAUCAUCUCUCUUUUCCCUAAAAAUGGCAACAUUAUUUCUUUCUAAACCCUCCUCUCUCCUCCCAUUUCUCAUCCUCUUCCUCUCUCUAAGCCCUUCCUUGUCCAAAAAAUCCACCUUCAUCGUCCACAUGUCACAUUCCCACAAGCCGAACGCCUUCGCUUCUACCCACGACUGGUACUCCUCCAUCCUCCGCUCUCUAUCCACCACCCCUGAAGAAACACAACAUGAUAUCCUCUACACAUAUUCUAAGUCUGCCGCUGGUUUCGCCGCUCAUAUAUCGCCAGCUCUAGCUGCCAAGCUCCGCCGCCAUCCCUCCGUGCUAUCGGUCAUACCCGACCAGAUAGUCAAGCCGGUUAUCACCCAAUCAACUAGCUUCAUGGGCCUCUCUGAUUGGUCGGGUAUAUGGCCCAAUACAGAUUGGGCCUCAGAUAUUGUGAUAGGUGUCGUAGACUCCGGAAUAUGGCCUGAAAGUACAAGCUUUCACGAUGGCGGCCUUAGUGAGGUGCCCGCUAGUUGGAGAGGUAUCUGUGAGGCUGGACCUGAUUUUCCGGCCAUUUCUUGUAAUAAAAAACUCAUUGGUGCUCGUUCAUUUUAUAAGGGGUACGAAGCGAUUUAUGGGACAUUAACAGAGAUUAAGUCAGCAAGGGACCUCAGUGGACAUGGCACUCACUGCGCCUCAACAGCAGCAGGAUCAGCAGUAGCUAACGCUGGAUACUACCGGUAUGCGGUUGGGAAGGCUCGCGGGGUGGCAACCAAGGCUCGUAUUGCGGCCUAUAAAGUACUUUGGGCAAGAGGAUCUGGAGCGUCAUUAGCGGACAUACUAGCGGCCAUGGACCAGGCCAUUGAAGACGGAGUUCAUGUCCUAUCUAUGUCAAUCGCAUUAAAUCAGACCGUUGAUUACUACAUAGACACGACAACUAUUGGCGCAUUUCGAGCAAUGCAGAAUGGGGUUGUGGUAGUAGCCGGUGCAGGGAAUGCCGGGCCAGACUCAUUCAGUGUCAGAAAUAUUGCACCGUGGAUGCUGUCUGUUGGAGCUUCUACCAUCGACAGGGAAUUUCCCGCAGAUGUGAUACUCGGAAAUGGACAGGUGUUUAGAGGAUCGUCUUUGUUCAACUUCAAGCAAACUACUACUAACACUAUGAUGCUGGUUACUGGUGAAUCUAGUGGCAGUAGGUUUUGCAGGCAAGGUGAACUUCAUGGAUCCCGAGUGUUUGGGAAAAUGGUGCUUUGUGAGAGUGGAGGAACUUCAGGAGUGGCCAAGAGUUAUGCAGUUCAACAAGCUGGUGGUUUGGGAAUGAUUUUGAUAAACCAAGCUACCGAUGGUGAACAAUUGAUGGCUUUUCCAUUUAUCAUCCCUGCAUCAACAGUGACUUAUACCGCAGGAAAUCUUAUAAAAAAUUACAUGUCUUCGACCGCGAAUCCAACCGCCAGAAUCAUGUUUAGAGGGACUGUGACAGGCCCCUCACCAUCAGCACCGAGGGUGGCAGCAUUUUCUUCCCGCGGCCCCAACCUGAUCACACCAGAGAUCCUAAAGCCCGAUGUCAUUGCUCCCGGGGUUAACAUCCUGGCCGCUUGGACAGGUGCUUUGGGGCCUAGUGGGUUAAGUUUUGACACGAGAAGAGUGUCGUACAAUAUUAUAUCUGGUACUUCUAUGGCUUGCCCACAUGUAAGUGGUUUGGCCGCUUUGCUAAGAAAGGCUUACCCUAGUUGGAGCCCUGCCGCUAUCAAGUCUGCGAUCAUGACUACUGCUUAUAACCUCGACAAUUCAGGCAACAAUAUCACUGAUUUAGCCACAGGGAUGGAAGCCACAGUGUAUGCUCGAGGAUCUGGACAUAUUGAUCCUAACAAGGCUUUGAAUCCUGGGCUAGUCUAUGAUCUUGAUACAAGCGACUAUAUAGCAUUUUUAUGCUCCAUUGGAUAUGACUAUAGAAAAAUUGCUCUAUAUGUCCAAGACGCGUCUAUGAUUGAUUGUCGCGCAAAGAAUUUCUCGAGUCCUGGUGAAUUGAAUUAUCCGUCCUUCUCGGCUGUCUUUGAAUCUACCAACGAUGUGGUAAGAUACACAAGGGUAGUGAAAAAUGUUGGGAGCUCAGUGAAUGCUGUAUACCAAGUUAGCAUCAAUGCACCACCUUCUCUUAGGAUUAAUGUUAAUCCUACAAGACUUGUGUUUAAUGCUAAUAGAAAAACAUUGUCCUACACCAUAACAUUCGCUAGCACUAGUGGAAUUAUUAUACCAGCAGUUGGAGCGAUCGCCUCCGGUUCAAUUGAGUGGAGUGAUGGAAGUCAUCGCGUGAGGAGCCCUAUUGCAGCUUAUUGGAAGCCUGGAAGUACUCGAGGAAACUUUGCAGCUUCAAUGUAACAAGCUGGUUUGGCUCUUAAUGAAUAACUAUAUAUAGCUUGCUUUGUCUUUUGGUGUGCUUUCUUCAAUAAGCUUGUGUCUCUGGGACAUAAGACAUAUCAACCCGUGUAGUAUGGUUGUUUGUAUGUCAUAUAUGUAAUGUUAUUAAGUUCCUCUUAAUAAAGAAAUAAAAGUCCGUAUUACUACGUUAUUAUUUA